UCAAAGACGUGACCUCCGGCCCGCUGUCGCUCAGGCGGGCGGGGGCGGGGCCUCGCGAACGGCCCAAUCAGGGGAGUCGCUGGAACCGUACGUGCGGGCGACGCGCUGUGGACGGCGGGGACUGGGUGCCGUCGCCGCUGUCCGGCCGAGGCUCGCAUCACCUCGCGCUGUCCUGAAAGGCUUGGGGAGCUUCCGCCACAUCCUCUGUCGCCGUGAGCUCCGCCGGCCGCGGCAAUCGCAUGGUGGUCGACCCGGUACCCCAGAAAGCGGGCAAAUGGACCCAGUGGCCUUUGAGGAUGUGGCUGUAAACUUUACCCUGGAGGAGUGGGCUCUGCUGGAUCCUUCACAGAAGAAGCUCUACAGAGAUGUGAUGCGGGAAACCUUGAGGAACCUGGCCUCAAUAGGGAAAAAAUGGAAAGACCAUAACACUGAAGAUGAGUACAAAAACCAGGGAAGAAAACUAAGAAGUCAAACGGUAGAGAGGUUCUGCCAAAGUAAAGAAGGUAAUCAAUGUGGAGGAAACUUCAGUCCUAUUCCAAAUCUUAAUCUGAACAAGAAAACUACUGAAGUAAAACCAUGGGAAUGCAGCGUAUGUGGAAAAGUCUUUAUGCGCCAUUCAUCCCUUAAUAGGCAUAAGCGAUCUCACACUUCACCAAAACCAUACAAGUAUCAGGAAUAUGGAAAAAAGCCUUAUAAAUGUAAAGAAUGUGGAAAAGCGUUCAGUUAUCUCCAGCCUUUUCAAAAACAUGAAAGGAAUCACAGUGUAGAGAAAUCUUAUAAAUGUAAGGAGUGUGGGAAAUCCUUUAGAUAUCGCCAGUCUGUUCGAAAACACGAAAGGACUCACACUGGAGAGAAACCCUAUCAGUGUAAACAGUGUGGAAAAGCCUUCAGAUAUCAUCAAACCUUUCAGACACAUGAAAGGACUCACACUGGAGAGAAGCCCUAUCAGUGUAAGCAGUGUGGGAAAGCCCUCAGUUGCCCCAGUUCCUUUCGAAGUCACGAAAGAACUCACACGGGGGAGAAACCCUAUGAAUGUAAAAAGUGUGGUAAAGCCUUUAGUUGUCCCAGUUCCCUUAGAAAACAUGAAAGAACUCACACUGGAGAGAAACCCUAUGACUGUAAGGAAUGUGGGAAAGCCUUCAUUUCUCUUGGAAGCUUUCAAAGACACAUGAUAACACAUACCGGAGUUGGACCGUACAAAUGUAAGGAAUGUGGGAAAGCCUUCAGCUGUCCCAGCUCAUAUCGAAUACAUGAACGAUCUCACACUGGAGAAAAACCCUAUGAAUGUAAACAAUGUGGCAGAGCCUUUAGUUGUUCUAGUUCCUUUCGAACACAUGAAAGGACUCACACUGGAGAGAAACCCUAUCAGUGUAAAGAAUGUGGAAAAGCCUUCCACUGGCUGACCACUUUCCAAGUGCAUGUGAGAACUCACACUGGAGAAAAACCCUAUAUAUGUAAGCAGUGUGGGAAAGCCCUCAGUUGUCCCACUUCCUUUCGAAGACAUGAAAGGACUCACACUGCAGAGAAACCCUAUGAAUGUAAACAAUGUGGGAAAACCUUCAGCUCUCCUCUAGGUUUGCAAAUACAUGGAAGAACUCACACUGGAGAGAAACCCUAUAAAUGUGAGGAAUGUGGGAAAGCAUUUGUUUCUCUCACAAGUUUUCGAAGACACAUGAUGACACAUACUGGAGAUGGACCUUAUAAAUGUAAGGAAUGUGGGAAAGCCUUCAAUUGCCCCAGUUCCUUUCGGAUACACGAAAGAACUCACACAGGAGAGAAACCCUACGAAUGUAAAAUAUGUGGCAAAGCCUUCAGUUGUUCAAGUUACGUUCAAGUACAUGAAAGAACGCACACUGGAGAGAAGCCCUAUGAAUGUAAGGAAUGUGGGAAAGCUUUUAUUUAUCGUACAACCUUUCGAGGACACAUGAGAGUGCACACUGGUGAGAAACCCUAUAAAUGUAAAGAAUGUGGGAAAGCCUUCAGUCGACCCAGCUCGUUUAGAAGCCAUGAAAGAAUUCACACUGGAGAGAAACUUCUGGAAUGUAAACAUUGCGGGAAAGCCUUCAAUUGGCCCACAUCCUUACAUAAACAUGUGAUGAGAAUGCACACUAGAUAGGUAAAUUAUAACUGAAAAAUACAGGAGAGUUUUCAGUCUUAACAAAUACAAGGUCAUGUAAAAACACCACUGGAGAGAAAUGCUAUAAAUGAAAGCAAUAGGGGAAAGUCUGAUAUAAAUUAAUUCAAGUAUAAUACUCCAGAGAAUUUGCUACAUGAAAGAAAUGCUUCAAAAUUAAAAAUAAUGAAUUUCAUUCUGAAACUCAGUCUCCGGACUGUGGCUUCCAGUUGUUGCUUUUCAGCUGGACACUGAGUCGAGACAAUUCUGUAACCACUGUUUAAGCAAUAGUACAUACGUAAGCUUAGUAGGUAGCGUUUUUCACUGAAUCAGGUCAUAAAAUUUUUGUCUUUCCCUUUUGAAGUCUGUUGGAUCAAUGGGUGAGUUAAAGCGUAUUUCUAAUAUGUAAGGAGGGCUAAUUUUUUUUAAAUUUUUUAAUUGUUCAGUAAGUGAAGGGACCAAGGAAUAAUGACAUUUUGGUAUUUGUUGAGAUUUUCCUAUUGACCUUAUGUCACAGGUACUGGAUAUUCCUUAUCCAUUAUAAAUAGUCCUCCUUUCAUAUGAGAAAAGAUUUCCUUCUUUUUCUUUCAUCAAAAGAGACUUAUUUUCCUGGCUAAUAAGUAGUUGGCAUACGUUUGUAAGUAUGCAGAGUUUAUCAUAGAGUAUUAUCUCGUUAGAAUUGCUGUUUACUUAUUUCCCUUUCAUUCUUUGUCAUUUCUCCUGUGGGUUUGGAUAUUACACUUUAAGAGACCUGUGAUCAAACAAACAAACAAAAAAAAACAAUGUAGAAUUGGAGAUGGCUCUCCUGGAAUGUGCCAGGUCAACAUGGGUAAUGUUUUGACCUAAUUUUCUAGAAUCUGUUCUCUUUAUAGUUUCCUAUUAGAAUUCACUAAUAGCCUCACUUGCAUGAGAUUUGGAAGGCAGAAGGGAAGAAGGCCUUCAUUUUUGGAGUUACAGUACAGGCAGUGAUAGAGACCAGAGGCGUUUUCCACACACCUUCCAGGCCAUUCUUUGCCCUGCCAGUCAAGAGUAUCUUCAGUAUCACCACCAACUACUUGACUUCCAUUUUCUCAGAGCAUAGGUUUCCACAGAUGUGUCCACAAGUUCCACAGCAAAGAUCGAUGCCAUUUGGAUUUUCCUGCAAGCCAUCCUGUGUCCACCAGGCAAUACAUGUAGACUAUCAUGGUUGAGAAUGUCCUUUAAAGCGCUGACAUCUUUCUUCUCUGGAUUGUAUUUGUAUAAGGUCUAAUACAUGUAGUGAGCAUCUUGUCCUGGGUUCCUCAUUCCACCAGCACAGCUACAGUGAUGCAGUCAAAAGGAGCCCUGUGGUAGUUUGUUUCUCUACUGCAUUGUACAGUGACUUCUGUGACCCAGUCCUUUCUUGUGAGAAUAAACACCUUCCUCUUACAGGCA